AUGUUUACUUUUUAUAAUAGUAUUAAUUGCAAUCCAAUUGAUUUAACCCUGGUACCCGGAUCAAUUGGCCAGGAUGUAGUGCAAGCUAGUUUAGCCAAAGUGAACCAGAUCAAAUUGUUUGCCGAUGAUUUAGGGUUUUUAUUUAGACUGGCAUUAGUUGAAACAAAUUUCGGUCAAAAUCCCCGAACAUUUGCCACAAACAACAACAACACGAAAAACAAUGAAUCGCCAAAUAUUUGGUCAAUAGAUGAACAAAAAUUUCGGGAAACCCAAGAAAUUCAAAAAUAUCCGGAAUUGUUGGGGAUUUACUAUGAAUUGGCCGAUAAAUAUGAUAUCGAUUGGCAACGACUAGAUUUAGAUGAUAUGCAACGACCAUUAUAUUCGGCAUUGGCUUCAAAAAUGUUUCUGCAUUUAAGUGGACAGCCUAUACCUGAAACAAUUGAUGACCAGGCUCACUAUUGGAAACAACAUUAUACAACUAGUGUCCAGGCUGAUGUCCAACAAUUUGUUCGGGAUGUCCACAAACUAGAAGAUCUAUUUGAAUGUACGCCACAUAUUAAUCUAUGCUAUGUAUUGGACGGUUCGGGUAGUAUAGCGCCCAAUGAUUUUCAAAUGGCCAAAGAUUUCUUGUAUAAGGUUACCGAUAAAAUUAGUUCAGAAAACGGACAGUUUUGUUUAGUAUUGUUUUCAACUGGUGUCCAAACUAUCUAUGAUUUUUCGCUAACUAAUAAACCUAAACGAUUGGAUCUAAUCAGAAAUAUUAGACAACCGAAUGGCGUUACCAAUACUAGAGGAGGUAUUCAACAAACAGUUGACAUUAUGCGGGCGUCGUCACCAAUAGCACAGAUACCCUAUAAGACAAUGUUUGUAUUGACUGACGGCAAGUCUAACCAUAUAACGCCCGGUGUUCAGCCAGCCGUUAGCAAUGCCCAGUUAGCCGAUAUCAAUAGUUGGGUUUGGGGUGUCGGUCGGGGUGUUUAUGUACGGGAAUUGUUAGAAAUUGCAUACAAUUUACCCGAAAAUGUCAAACAACUAACUAAAUACAGUUCAAUGGAUAGCUAUUUAUAUCAAUUCAAGACAACGGUAUGUUCUGAACCAUUGCAGCUAAUUAUUGGCCAAAAAUUUAAGGACACAACAGUCAAACAGGAAAAACGAUAUUAUAUUAUUGGUUUACCUAAAACAGCUGGUGGUAUAAACCUAACCGUUCAGACAACUAAAGGCAAACUACAGGGUUAUUAUGCCUACAGUACUCCACAUCCGUCAUCGGCUGUCAAUGAUGGCCAGUUUGCUGAUCAUAUUUACAUAACCGGCCAACAACAACAACAUAGUCUAGUCUAUGUUGCUAUAGUUGGCCAGCAAAUAGCUAACGCCUACAGUAUUAUUGCAACUAAUGCUUAA